UUGUGCUUUUUGUGGUUUUUUCUUUUAAUGAAAUAAUGAAGAAAAAAAUCCAUUCUAGCCAUGGUCUGAAGUAAAAUCAUAAUAGUCAAUUUUUCAAUCGAUGAGUCAGUGCAAACAAUCUGGCAUUUAAUAUCAAUAACAAAACGAAGCAACAAUUUUGAUUUUUGGUUAGUGUGAUUUUGUUGAUUAUGUAGUGAGUAACACAAAAAAAAAAUCCAACACUGUUUGAAUGGAAAUCACAACGAAAUUUAUGUUAGUAACGACUCCCAAAUGGUUUGAGUGGACCGAAAAAAUUUAACUUUUUAAGUCACAAAAAUCUGCACAGUUUCAAAUAGUGAUGUGAUAUUUAAAUAAUAUAAUGAGUUGGAUACUUAUUGGGGUGAUUUUCACCUUGGCGCACACAAGUCGACAUAGAACAACAUUUGAUAGGAUUAUUAGCACAAAUGGAUUAGCUGUUGAAGCAUCACCAGUUCCACAAAACGUUCCAUUCUUGAAACCAAUCAAUCCGUACAUUAAACAUUGGGAAGCGGCUCAUUUCGAUGCGAAAAUAAUCGCAGAUGCACGGCAUCAACAUGAAAUCAGACGGCGCAAACGACAUACCAACAGCAACAGCACAGCAAAUGAUGCCGUCGCUCCACCAGCAAACACCAUAAAAUUUCAAUUCUUUGCCCAUAACAGAGAGUUCCGUGUGGUAGUUCGUGAAGAUCCCAAUUCGAUAUUUUCACAAAAUGUUGAAAUCGAAAAUACCGAUGGACCGAUACAUUACGAUGUAUCGCGUAUAUAUUCAGGAAGAUUGGAAGAUCAUGAUGAUAGCAUUGUUCAUGGCAUUUUGACUGAGAAUAAUUUAUUUGAUGGAUCGAUUAUAACACCAACCGAAAAUUAUUACAUUGAACCAGCUUCCCGAUAUUCCAGCGAAUUGACCAACAAUGGAAUCCACACAAUUGUAUAUAAAACAAGCGAUGUGCAGAUGUUACCACAUCAAAAACCAACAACAUCAUCCAAUGAUCCAACGAAACAUUAUUGUGCAAGCCAACGGCUUCACGAGAAAAUGAAGAAAAUACGCAAAAAACAGCAAAUCUACGAUGCACUCGACAUAAAAUUAAGUGAUAAAAAUACAAUUAACGAACCGAAUGCAAAUAAACACUUGAUGCGCAACAAAAGAUGGUUGGCGGAUGAGUUGAUUGAGAGUCGUGAUCCACCAUUGCCCUUAGAUUUAGAUGCACCAUACAACGAUGAAUUUACCGUUUACAGUCGUAAAUAUAACAAAGAUCACACUGCCAAAACGGACGAACCAUGGAGAAAUAUUUUAAUUACCAGUUACAAUGCGAAAAAUGAUUACGCUUCACGAAAUCUAUCGAAAAACCAUUCAAAUGUCACCGGUAAUGCGGACAAAGAACAAAUUCGUAUUUUGAAUGGAAAUUAUUCAAAGCCUAGCCAUAAAACGCACGUUGAAAUCAUCACAAAAAAUGGUGCUACACGAAAACCAAAUAUUAUUGGCAGCAAUUAUAAUCCGGAAGUGAUAUUGACACGAAAUAAUUUCCAUCAUCAUCAACAUCAUUCGAUCAUCAAUAAUAACAUUCAUGCGAAUGGGAUUGAUGCAAAAUCAACGUAUGACCGAAAAAGUACAUGUAUGCUAUAUUUACAAGCCGAUCACACGUUCUUCGAAAAGCUCGGCUCCGAAGAGGCAAGCAUCGAAGCAAUUACCAGACAUGUACAACGUGCCAAUACAAUUUAUAAAAAUACAGAUUUCAACGGAGAUGGAAAGGCUGAUAAUAUAACAUUCAUGAUUAAACGAAUUAAAAUACACACAUCAAAUGCCUUAAAAGACACUAAUUAUCGUUUUCCGGGAAAUUAUGGUGUCGAAAAAUUUCUAGAGUUAUUUUCAGAGGAAGACUAUGAUGCAUUUUGUUUAGCCUACAUGUUUACAUAUCGAGAUUUCGAAAUGGGAACGCUGGGAUUGGCAUGGACGGGUGAUUUGAAAAAUGCUGGUGGUGUUUGUGAAAAGAAUGGCCAUUAUCGAGGAUCAUUAAAGUCACUUAAUACGGGCAUUGUAACACUUUUGAACUAUGGCAAACAUGUUCCGCCGGCUGUGUCACAUGUUACACUCGCACAUGAGAUUGGCCACAAUUUCGGAUCACCGCAUGAUCCAGAAAUGUGCACACCGGGCGGUGAAGAUGGCAAUUAUAUUAUGUUUGCCAGAGCUACAUCGGGUGAUAAGAAAAACAAUAACAAAUUCUCACCAUGUUCGCUAAAAGCAAUUGAACCUGUACUAAACUCCAAGGCUCGCUCUAGCAAAGGAUGCUUUACCGAACCCCAACAGGCCAUUUGUGGUAAUGGUGUUGUUGAUCCGGGUGAAGAGUGUGAUUGUGGUUGGGAAGAAGAUUGUAAAGACUUAUGCUGCUAUCCAAUGUCAACAAAUCCAAGCAUCGAUGAAAAACCAUGCACACUAACACCAAAAGCAUAUUGUAGCCCAUCACAAGGUCCAUGUUGCACCACAUCUUGUACAUUGAAAUUCGGCGAUAAGUGCCGUGAUGAUAAUGGUUGUCGCGAUCCAAGCUUUUGUAAUGGUCAAGCGGCACAGUGUCCGCCAUCUGUAAACAAACCGAAUAAAACAAUUUGCAACAUAAUUCACAUGCUUUUGUCUUCGGAUCGUUUUCAGUGGGAAUGCAUUGGCAUGAUUCCAAGCCGUAUGCCAAGCAAAUUGAACCGGUACAAUCGCCCAUGAAACACACAAACUCUUUGUUGCAAAUUGCCUGGCGAAGGGAAUCCGUGCAAAAGCUCAUUCGAAUGGAAUGACAAACCAUAUGAUGUACCUGAUAUGUAUUCGAAGCCAGGCACUCCGUGCAAUGAUUAUAAUGGUUAUUGUGAUGUCUUUCAAAAAUGUCGUGAAGUUGAUCCGGCCGGACCAUUGGCAACCUUACGUCGUUUAUUGCUGUCUGAAGAAUCGAUUGAAUCCUUUAAAAAAUGGGUUUACUCCAAUUGGUUCAUUGUUGCACUCAUUAUCAGUGGUGUUAUUUCGUUAUUGAUUUUAAGUACGAGACUUUUUGGAAAAGAAAUCAAUCGAAAGUCAAAGUCUGUAACAAUAAUCCAUAGUGCAACCACAGAAACAGUUCGACUCCCUGAUGAUAGUAAUGGGGUUAUUGUACAUGCUGCAAUACGAACAAAAGUGCCGCUAAAGAAAAAAGUUCGUGGCGAACGUAGUAAAACAAAACGUUCGUCUUCGUCAAAGAAUGUUGAAAAUUCAUCGAAAAAUGUAGAAAAGACAACAAGUGCAGCAGCAGCAGCAGCAGCAACAGUGGCCGCCACAGCACUCGUAAACGGAGCUUCAACUAGCAAUCCAAAGAGUAAUACACUCAAACGUUCAAUUGUAAAGCAAACAAAGAAAAUACGUAGUCGAAAACCAUCGGAUGGUGCACAUUUGGAUGGUGGUAAAUCAUCGACAAAUCCACUGACCACAACAGUGGCCAAGGUAAAAAGUUCACAAUCGAAAACAAAGUCAUCGUCAAAGACAAAAGAAAUGUUAAAUUAUACAAAACGUUCAUCGAUCGACGAUGACAAAGUAAAUGCAUUUGGAAAAGUGCAACAAUGGCUGGUUGCAAUGGAUUCACCAACGCAGGCAACAUCUGCCCUACAAGAAUUAGAUCAAUUAGAUAAAUCACGACCAAUUUGCAAAUCACAAUCACAAACGCAUAAUUUGAGCGCAACACAACGUUCACCGAAAAAGGUGAAAUCACUAAGCAAUUUACAAGAAAAAGUGAAAUUGCAAGUUGUUUAUAAGCCACCAUUUAAGUUAAGUCUUAAGCUAUCGAAAAAUUCGGCUGUGCAAACAAGAGUGGCAAAUCCGGCUGAGGUGUCGACACGUGCUCGACGAACGGGACGCAUUGACAAAACCCGAAAAUCAUCCGCUUUAAUUGAUAAAAAGAAACCAAGAACGGCACUAUUAUUGCAAUCGAAAAAUGGUCGUGACGAUGAUCAUGGUUUUCGAUUGAAAUCGCAUCAUCGUCGUACAGAGGAUCGACAACAAUUAAUGCCAUCGGCCGAUCGUAAAAAAGAUACACUUGAAUUAAAAGCCGAAAAAUCCAAUUCAAAUGGCAGAGGUGCAAUAGCCGAUGAUAAAAAUGAAUCAAUAAAACCAUUGAAUACAGAUACAUUUAGAAUCAGUAAAACGUCCAGCGGAACGAAGCUUUUAUCGAAUAGCAUAAAUGGUUUAAAUGAAAUCGAUAAUCCGCCAUCGCUUUGCAUGGCUAUCGAAUCAAAUAAAUUGAAUGCACACCGAAACAGCUUUAUAAAUAAUAUACGCAAUAGCAGCGGUGGUGGUGGUGUGGUUACAUCAUUGACAGCAUCAUCAUCAUCGUAUGCACCAAACAAUCGAUCGAGUACAUCGAAUUUAACGAAAGAUUUGCAUAAAAUCACCAGAUCUAGUACAACGAAUCUGUCGAAAAAUCAAUCGCACCGCAAUAGUUUCGAUGUGAAACCCAAUAACAAUUUUCAUGAAGUAAAUCGUAGCAAUAGUACGCAUAAUUUUAGUAAAGAUCGUCUCAGUGAAACAUUGCAUUCAAAUUUACAAAAGCAAUUCGCGCACAAUACACGCAAUUCCAAGACAAAUUUAAAUAGCAGCGAAAAUGGUUCAUCUGCCGUUUCCUCUACCUCAUCAACGAAUACAAAUGUGAGUUCGACCACAAAUUUAAAUGCAACCAACGUAAAUCGAUUUGAAUAAAAACGUUAAACGAAUUGUUCGUGAAUGAAAUGAACAACAACAAAAUCGUACCACACAAUUUACGCACAUACCACCCACAAAGACAUAAACAAAAACCGUACACACAACAACUGAUUACACAAUGUCUUUGAUCGGACGAACAACUGUUACUAUUCGGUGGUGUAGAGAUGCCGAUUUAUAUUUUAUAACUUUAUAACGAACAUACGCUUUAUUAAAAUGUCGCAGGCGAUUGGAUUCGGUUCGCUUGCGGGCGAUAUACAUAGAGACGAGAAUAUAUAUUUAUAUAUAUGUAUAUUUCUUUAUUUUAUCGCUUGGCUUGGUCUCUAUUUCUCUCUGCUUAUCUCGAAUUAUUGUUUAUGUUUGCAAACUCUGAUGGAAAAUGAUCGACUUUUAUUUUAAAAUUAGCAUGAAUAUUCUAUUGUAUACAGGUAUAACUAUUUGCAUCAGCGCUUCCAUGUAUUAUAACAAGAAAAAAAACGGAAAAAAAGAACUAAUUGAAAACAGAAAAAAUUUAGCUAAAUUUCGAAAUGAUGGUAGACGAUCAUGCCGAUUCACAUUAUGAUGAUUGAGUCGAGCAAAUAGAAAGCCCCGGUUGCUUACCCUUAUUUUUCACUCAAUUUCCAAAAAAAAUUAUAUUUGUAUAAUGCAAUAUAUAAGCAUGAUUGCUUAACAAUGAAUCUUCAGUGAAAAAUGCUUUCAAUAAUAAGGUGAACAAAAAAAUAUUGCAUUUUUUCGCGCAUUUCGAUAUUUUAACGAUUAACAGCAAACUAACACAAUAUACAUUAAUAAUAGAUAAAUUUCGAAAACAUUGAUAACGCUAGCCCAAUCAAAUCUGGAUCGCACUAAAAAUAAAUCUAAAACUUAUUUGGUCCAGAUAACGGCGGCUACAGCUGUCUAUAGACAGUGAAUUCGAACGAACGAAUUAAAAUAACUUCCUAGCAUAAUUUACAGCUGUUGUGACAAUUCCUAUUGCAAAAUGCAAAAUAUAUCCGGUAUAAUAUUUUUGAUAUUCUUCUAAGUGGAAUGAACACACCAAAAAAGGAUAGAACUAAAAAACGAAAAAAAAAAAAAAUGAAAUUUAAAAUUCUCAAAGCAAA